AUGAAGUUCUCCGCCGUUGUUCUCGCUGUUUUCACUCUAGUGUCCACAGGCCUGGCCGAUAAGACGUGCACUCCUAGCUUUGACUACUGCUCCGAUGUUCUCAUCAAAGACAAGGGUUUCACGGAAGCGGAUCUGGAAGAUGUCAUCAAAGGAACCGACCUGGAGAAGCAGCCAUUGAAGAAUGUCCUCUUCCACUGCAAGAACCCCGGUAUUGUUGGUCAUCCCAAGCUCUGCGAGAGUGGAUGUGAAGAUCCUAAGACAGAGGGGAGCCACUCUUGUGCCGCGUAA